CUGUCUUUGCUAGCUCGCUCUCCUCGCACCCCGGUCCGUGCGCAUCCGGAGCCCGCGAUGGGGAGACGGAGGCGGCUGUGUCUCCAGCCCUACUUCGUGUGGCUGGGCUGUGUGGCGCUCUGGGCGCAGGGCACAGCGGGCCAGCCCCAACCUCCGCCACCCAAGCCACCCCGACCCCAGCCUCAGCCUCAGCAGGUCCGGCCCGCGGCGGCGGCGGGCUCCGAAGGCGGGUUCGCGGCGCCCGAGUACCGGGAGGAGGGCGCCGUGGUAGCCAGCCGUGUCCGCAGGCGAGGACAGCAGGACGUGCUUCGAGGGCCCAACGUGUGCGGAUCCAGGUUCCACUCCUACUGCUGUCCGGGAUGGAAGACGCUCCCUGGAGGAAACCAGUGCAUUGUCCCAAUUUGUAGAAAUAGUUGUGGAGAUGGAUUCUGUUCCCGUCCUAACAUGUGUACUUGUUCCAGCGGCCAGAUAUCACCAGCCUGUGGGUCAAAAUCAAUUCAGCAGUGCAGUGUUCGAUGCAUGAAUGGUGGGACCUGUGCAGAAGACCAUUGUCAGUGCCAGAAGGGAUAUAUUGGAACUUACUGUGGACAACCUGUCUGUGAAAAUGGAUGUCAGAACGGUGGACGAUGUAUUGGACCCAAUCGCUGUGCUUGUGUUUAUGGAUUCACUGGUCCACAGUGUGAAAGAGAUUACAGAACCGGCCCCUGCUUCACUCAGGUCAACAACCAGAUGUGCCAAGGGCAGCUGACAGGCAUCGUCUGCACCAAGACUCUGUGCUGUGCCACCAUUGGGCGGGCAUGGGGCCACCCCUGCGAGAUGUGUCCUGCCCAACCUCAGCCCUGCCGAAGGGGCUUCAUCCCCAACAUCCGCACUGGAGCGUGUCAAGACGUUGAUGAAUGCCAGGCUAUUCCUGGGAUAUGCCAAGGAGGAAACUGCAUCAAUACAGUGGGCUCCUUUGAAUGCAAAUGCCCUGCUGGUCACAAGCAGAGUGAGACCACUCAAAAAUGUGAAGACAUUGAUGAGUGCAGCAUCGUUCCUGGGAUAUGUGAAACUGGCGAAUGUUCCAACACCGUGGGAAGCUAUUUUUGCAUUUGUCCACGUGGAUACAUAACUUCAACAGAUGGCUCUCGGUGCAUCGAUCAGAGAACAGGCACCUGCUUCUCAGGCCUGGUAAAUGGUCGCUGUGCACAAGAGCUCCCGGGCAGAAUGACGAAAAUGCAGUGCUGCUGUGAACCUGGCCGCUGCUGGGGCGUGGGAAGCAUCCCGGAGGCUUGCCCCGUCCGAGGUUCUGAGGAAUAUCGCAGACUUUGCAUGGAUGGACUUCCAAUAGGAGGAAUUCCAGGGAGUGCGGGUUCCAGACCUGGAGGAAAUGGAUUUGCCCCAAGUGCGAAUGGCAACGGCUAUGGCCCCGGAGGAACGGGCUUCAUCCCCAUACCUGGAGGCAACGGGUUUUCUCCUGGUGUCGGGGGAGCUGGUGUGGGUGCCGGGGGACAGGGGCCCAUCAUCACUGGAUUGACUAUUCUAAACCAGACCAUUGAUAUCUGUAAGCACCAUGCUAAUCUCUGUUUAAAUGGACGCUGCAUACCUACUGUUUCUAGCUACAGAUGUGAAUGCAAUAUGGGUUAUAAACAGGAUGCAAAUGGAGAUUGCAUAGAUGUUGAUGAAUGCACAUCAAAUCCCUGCACUAAUGGAGAUUGUGUUAACACACCUGGAUCCUAUUAUUGUAAAUGUCAUGCUGGAUUCCAGAGGACUCCUACCAAGCAAGCCUGCAUUGAUAUUGAUGAGUGCAUCCAGAAUGGAGUUCUUUGUAAAAAUGGUCGAUGCGUGAACACAGAUGGAAGUUUCCAGUGCAUUUGCAAUGCUGGCUUUGAACUAACUACAGAUGGAAAAAACUGUGUUGAUCACGAUGAAUGUACUACAACCAACAUGUGUUUGAAUGGGAUGUGCAUUAAUGAAGAUGGCAGUUUCAAGUGCAUCUGCAAACCGGGAUUUGUCUUGGCUCCAAAUGGGCGUUACUGUACUGAUGUUGACGAGUGCCAGACCCCAGGCAUCUGCAUGAACGGUCACUGCAUCAACAACGAAGGCUCUUUCCGCUGUGACUGUCCCCCAGGCCUAGCUGUGGGUGUGGAUGGACGUGUAUGUGUAGAUACUCACAUGCGCAGCACAUGCUAUGGGGGAAUCAAGAAAGGAGUGUGUGUACGACCUUUCCCUGGUGCUGUGACCAAGUCUGAAUGUUGCUGUGCCAACCCAGACUAUGGCUUUGGAGAGCCCUGCCAACCGUGCCCUGCUAAAAACUCAGCUGAAUUCCAUGGUCUUUGUAGCAGUGGAGUGGGUAUCACUGUGGAUGGAAGAGAUAUCAAUGAGUGUGCUUUGGAUCCUGAUAUAUGUGCCAAUGGAAUUUGCGAAAACUUACGUGGUAGUUACCGAUGUAAUUGCAACAGUGGCUAUGAACCAGAUGCCUCUGGAAGAAACUGUGUUGACAUAGAUGAGUGCUUGGUAAACAGAUUGCUGUGUGACAAUGGCCUGUGCCGAAACACGCCUGGAAGUUACAGCUGUACAUGCCCACCUGGGUAUGUGUUCAGGACUGAGACCGAGACCUGUGAAGAUAUAAAUGAAUGUGAAAGCAACCCAUGUGUCAAUGGGGCCUGCAGGAACAACCUUGGAUCUUUCAAUUGUGAAUGUUCUCCUGGCAGCAAACUCAGCUCCACAGGAUUGAUCUGUAUUGACAGCCUGAAGGGAACGUGUUGGCUCAACAUCCAGGACAACCGCUGUGAGGUGAACAUUAAUGGGGCCACCCUGAAGUCUGAAUGCUGUGCCACCCUCGGUGCUGCCUGGGGGAGUCCCUGUGAGCGCUGCGAGCUAGAUACAGCUUGCCACAGAGGGUUUGCCAGGAUUAAAGGCGUUACAUGUGAAGAUGUUAACGAAUGCGAGGUGUUUCCUGGCGUCUGUCCAAAUGGACGCUGUGUCAAUAGCAAAGGGUCUUUUCAUUGUGAAUGUCCUGAAGGUCUCACACUGGAUGGAACUGGCCGUGUGUGUUUGGACAUCCGCAUGGAGCAGUGCUACUUGAAGUGGGAUGAAGAUGAGUGUGUCCAUCCUGUCCCGGGGAAGUUCCGCAUGGAUGCCUGCUGCUGUGCCGUUGGGGCAGCCUGGGGCACCGAGUGUGAGGAAUGCCCCAAACCUGGCACCAAGGAGUAUGAGGCCCUGUGCCCUCGGGGGCCUGGCUUUGCCAACAGAGGGGAUGUGCUUACCGGGAGGCCCUUCUACAAGGAUAUCAAUGAGUGCAAGGCUUUUCCCGGGAUGUGCACCUAUGGGAAGUGCAGAAAUACAAUUGGAAGUUUUAAGUGCCGCUGCAACAGUGGCUUUGCUCUCGACAUGGAGGAGAGGAACUGCACAGACAUUGACGAGUGCAGGAUUUCUCCUGACCUCUGCGGAAGUGGAAUCUGUGUGAACACACCCGGCAGCUUCGAGUGUGAGUGCUUCGAAGGCUACGAAAGUGGGUUCAUGAUGAUGAAGAACUGCAUGGACAUUGACGAAUGUGAACGUAACCCUCUCCUUUGUAGGGGUGGCACCUGUGUGAACACCGAGGGCAGCUUUCAGUGUGACUGCCCACGGGGACAUGAGCUGUCACCAUCACGGGAGGACUGUGUGGAUGUUAAUGAAUGUUCCCUGAGUGACAAUCUCUGUAGAAAUGGAAAAUGCGUGAACAUGAUUGGGACUUACCAGUGCUCCUGCAAUCCCGGGUACCAGGCCACUCCCGACCGUCAGGGCUGUACAGAUAUUGAUGAGUGUAUGAUCAUGAAUGGGGGCUGUGACACCCAGUGCACCAAUUCGGAAGGAAGCUAUGAGUGCAGCUGCAGUGAUGGUUAUGCCCUGAUGCCGGACGGGCGGUCGUGUGCAGAUAUUGAUGAAUGUGAAAAUAAUCCUGACAUCUGUGAUGGGGGCCAGUGUACCAACAUCCCUGGAGAGUAUCGCUGCCUGUGUUACGAUGGUUUCAUGGCUUCAAUGGACAUGAAAACAUGCAUUGAUGUCAACGAGUGUGACUUAAAUUCAAACAUCUGCAUGUUUGGGGAAUGUGAGAACACCAAGGGUUCCUUCAUCUGCCACUGUCAGCUGGGCUAUUCGGUGAAGAAGGGCACCACGGGCUGCACAGACGUGGAUGAGUGUGAAAUUGGUGCCCACAAUUGUGACAUGCAUGCCUCGUGUCUAAAUGUCCCAGGAAGUUUCAGAUGCAGCUGCAGAGAAGGCUGGGUUGGAAACGGCAUCAAGUGUAUUGAUCUAGAUGAGUGUUCCAAUGGCACCCACCAGUGUAGCAUCAAUGCUCAGUGUGUAAACACCCCUGGCUCCUACAGAUGCGCUUGCUCUGAGGGUUUCACUGGAGACGGCUUCACCUGCUCAGAUGUUGAUGAGUGUGCAGAAAACAUCAAUCUCUGUGAGAAUGGACAGUGCCUCAACGUCCCAGGCGCCUAUCGCUGCGAAUGUGAGAUGGGCUUCACUCCAGCCUCCGACAGCCGGUCCUGCCAAGAUAUUGAUGAAUGCUCCUUCCAAAAUAUUUGUGUUUUUGGAACAUGUAAUAAUUUGCCUGGAAUGUUUCAUUGUAUCUGUGAUGAUGGCUAUGAGUUGGACAGGACAGGAGGGAACUGUACAGAUAUUGAUGAAUGUGCAGAUCCCAUAAACUGUGUGAAUGGCCUGUGUGUCAACACACCUGGUCGCUAUGAGUGUAACUGCCCGCCUGAUUUCCAGCUGAACCCCACUGGGGUGGGUUGUGUAGACAACCGUGUUGGUAACUGCUACCUGAAGUUUGGGCCUCGAGGUGACGGGAGUCUGUCCUGCAACACAGAGAUUGGGGUGGGCGUCAGCCGCUCCUCCUGCUGCUGCUCUCUGGGAAAAGCCUGGGGGAACCCCUGUGAGACGUGCCCCCCAGUCAAUAGCACUGAAUAUUACACCCUGUGUCCUGGAGGUGAGGGCUUCAGACCCAACCCCAUCACUAUCAUCUUAGAAGAUAUUGAUGAGUGCCAGGAACUGCCGGGACUCUGCCAGGGAGGGAACUGCAUCAACACUUUCGGGAGCUUUCAGUGUGAGUGCCCACAAGGCUACUACCUCAGCGAGGAAACCCGCAUCUGUGAAGACAUUGAUGAGUGUUUCGCACAUCCUGGUGUGUGCGGACCUGGGACCUGCUACAACACCUUGGGAAACUACACGUGCAUUUGCCCGCCGGAGUACAUGCAGGUCAAUGGAGGCCACAAUUGCAUGGACAUGAGGAAGAGCUUCUGCUACAGAAGCUAUAAUGGAACCACUUGUGAGAACGAGCUGCCUUUUAAUGUGACAAAGAGGAUGUGCUGCUGCACGUACAAUGUUGGCAAAGCCUGGAACAAACCAUGUGAGCCAUGCCCAACCCCAGGAACAGCUGACUUUAAAACCAUAUGUGGAAAUAUUCCUGGAUUCACCUUUGACAUUCACACAGGGAAAGCUGUUGACAUUGAUGAAUGUAAAGAGAUCCCAGGCAUAUGUGCAAAUGGUGUGUGCAUAAACCAGAUUGGUAGUUUUCGCUGUGAAUGUCCUACAGGAUUCAGUUACAAUGACCUUCUCCUGGUCUGUGAAGAUAUUGAUGAGUGCAGCAACGGUGAUAAUCUUUGCCAGCGCAAUGCAGAUUGCAUCAAUAGUCCUGGUAGCUACCGCUGUGAAUGUGCUGCGGGUUUCAAACUUUCACCCAACGGAGCCUGUGUAGAUCGCAAUGAAUGUUUAGAAAUUCCUAAUGUUUGCAGUCACGGCCUUUGUGUCGAUUUGCAAGGAAGUUACCAGUGCAUCUGCCACAACGGCUUCAAGGCUUCUCAGGACCAGACCAUGUGCAUGGAUGUUGAUGAGUGUGAGAGGCAUCCUUGUGGAAACGGAACCUGCAAAAAUACUGUUGGCUCCUACAACUGUCUCUGCUACCCCGGGUUUGAACUCACUCAUAACAAUGACUGCCUGGACAUAGAUGAGUGCAGCUCCUUUUUUGGUCAGGUUUGCAGAAAUGGGCGGUGUUUCAAUGAAAUUGGCUCCUUCAAGUGUUUAUGUAAUGAAGGUUAUGAACUUACUCCAGAUGGCAAAAACUGUAUAGAUACCAAUGAGUGUGUUGCCCUUCCUGGCUCUUGUUCUCCUGGUACCUGUCAGAAUUUGGAGGGGUCCUUCAGAUGCAUCUGUCCUCCAGGGUAUGAAGUAAAAAGUGAAAACUGCAUUGAUAUAAAUGAAUGUGAUGAAGAUCCCAAUAUCUGUCUCUUCGGUUCCUGCACCAAUACUCCAGGGGGCUUCCAGUGCAUCUGCCCCCCUGGCUUUGUACUGUCUGAUAAUGGACGGAGAUGCUUUGAUACACGCCAGAGCUUCUGCUUCACAAACUUUGAAAAUGGCAAGUGUUCGGUGCCCAAAGCUUUCAACACCACAAAAGCAAAGUGCUGCUGCAGUAAGAUGCCAGGAGAGGGUUGGGGGGACCCCUGUGAGCUGUGCCCCAAAGAUGAUGAAGUUGCAUUCCAAGAUUUGUGUCCAUAUGGCCACGGGACUGUUCCUAGUCUUCAUGAUACACGUGAAGAUGUCAAUGAAUGUCUAGAGAGCCCAGGCAUUUGUUCAAAUGGUCAGUGUAUCAACACAGAUGGGUCAUUUCGCUGUGAAUGUCCAAUGGGCUACAACCUUGAUUACACUGGAGUACGCUGUGUGGAUACUGAUGAAUGUUCAAUUGGCAACCCAUGUGGAAAUGGUACAUGCACCAAUGUUAUUGGGAGUUUUGAAUGUAACUGCAAUGAAGGCUUUGAGCCAGGGCCUAUGAUGAACUGUGAAGAUAUCAAUGAGUGUGCCCAGAAUCCCCUGCUGUGUGCAUUCCGCUGCAUGAACACCUUUGGCUCCUAUGAAUGUACGUGUCCCAUUGGCUAUGCUCUCCGGGAAGACCAGAAGAUGUGCAAAGAUCUGGAUGAAUGUGCUGAAGGGCUGCAUGACUGCGAAUCGAGAGGCAUGAUGUGCAAGAAUCUGAUUGGCACCUUCAUGUGCCUCUGCCCUCCCGGCAUGACCAGGAGGCCCGAUGGAGAAGGCUGUGUAGAUGAAAAUGAAUGCAGAACGAAGCCAGGAAUCUGUGAGAACGGGCGUUGUGUUAACACUGUUGGGAGCUAUAGGUGUGAGUGUAAUGAAGGAUUCCAGUCCAGUUCCUCAGGCACUGAAUGUCUUGACAAUCGGCAAGGACUCUGCUUUGCUGAGGUGCUGCAGACCAUGUGUCAGAUGGCAUCCAGCAGCCGUAAUCUGGUCACAAAGUCAGAGUGCUGCUGUGAUGGGGGCCGAGGCUGGGGACACCAGUGCGAGCUUUGCCCACUUCCUGGAACUGCCCAGUACAAGAAGAUCUGCCCUCAUGGCCCUGGAUAUACCACCGAUGGAAGGGAUAUUGACGAAUGUAAGGUUAUACCAAACCUCUGCACCAAUGGUCAGUGUAUCAACACUGUGGGCUCAUUCCGAUGCUUCUGCAAGGUUGGCUACACCACUGACAUCAGCGGAACCUCGUGUGUAGAUCUUGAUGAAUGUUCCCAGUCCCCGAAACCCUGUAACUUCAUCUGCAAGAACACGGAGGGGAGCUACCAGUGCUCCUGCCCUCGCGGGUAUGUCCUGCAAGAGGAUGGGAAAACGUGCAAAGAUCUUGAUGAAUGUCAGACCAAGCAACACAAUUGCCAGUUCCUCUGUGUCAACACCCUUGGAGGAUUUACCUGUAAAUGUCCACCUGGCUUCACACAACAUCACACUGCUUGUAUUGACAACAAUGAAUGUGGUUCUCAGCCUUCACUCUGUGGAGCCAAAGGAAUCUGUCAGAAUACUCCUGGAAGUUUCAGCUGUGAAUGUCAGAGAGGAUUCUCUCUUGAUGCCACCGGAUUGAAUUGUGAGGAUGUGGAUGAAUGUGAUGGGAACCAUAGGUGCCAGCAUGGCUGCCAAAACAUCCUGGGAGGCUACAGAUGCGGCUGCCCUCAGGGCUACGUGCAGCAUUACCAGUGGAAUCAGUGUGUUGAUGAGAAUGAAUGCUCCAACCCCAAUGCCUGCGGGUCUGCCUCCUGCUACAACACCCUGGGCAGCUACAAGUGUGCCUGCCCCUCAGGCUUCUCCUUCGACCAGUUCUCCAGUGCCUGCCACGAUGUGAACGAGUGCUCAUCCUCCAAGAACCCGUGCAAUUACGGCUGCUCCAACACAGAAGGGGGCUACCUCUGUGGCUGCCCUCCGGGCUACUACAGAGUGGGCCAGGGCCACUGUGUCUCAGGCAUGGGAUUUAACAAAGGCCAGUACCUGCCGCCACUGGAAACAGAGGUCGACGAGGAAAAUGCUUUAUCCCCAGAAGCGUGCUAUGAGUGCAAGAUCAAUGGCUACCCUAAGAAAGACAGCAGGCAGAAGCGAAGUGUCCAGACCCCCGAGCUCUCCGCUGGUGAAGAGGUGAGCCUGGAGAGCGUGGACAUGGACAGCCCCGUGCAGAUGAAGUUCAACCUCUCUGGCUUUGGCUCGAAGGAGCACAUCCUGGAACUCAUGCCCGCCAUCGAGCCCCUCAACAACCACAUCCGUUAUGUCAUCUCCCAAGGGAAUAAUGACGGCUUCUUCCGAAUCCACCAGCGGCAGGGCCUCAGCUACCUGCACACGGCCAAGAGGAAGCUGGUGCCCGGCACCUACACACUGGAAAUCAUGAGCGUCCCUCUCUACAAGAAGAAGGAGCUCAAGAAACUGGAAGACAGCAAUGAGGAUGACUACCUCCUGGGGGAGCUCGGGGAGGCUCUCAGGAUGAAGCUGCAGAUUCAGCUCUACUAACACCUCAGCCUUGGUUCCAAGGCUCGGCUCCCUGCACAGCAGCCUUAAGGAAGAAGCCUGGGGGAAACCAAUGACUAACUUUAAGGGGGGAAAUGAAGAUGACUUUUGUUCUUCCCUCCCUGUCUCAGACUUCAGAACUUUGGUUCUCACAGGCAAGGAUAAUCUAGACUUGCGUGCAACCAAUGAUUUAUUUGAGUACAAAGGCAACCAUGGUUACUGUAAUUUUUAUAUCACUUCACCUUAAGAUAUAUUUUUUAAAAACUUAAGUGUUCAAAAGAUCAGCAUAUGGCACUAAAUGCACAAAAAAAAAAAUAAUGUGAGCUUUUUUUUUUUU